UUCACUCCCCCCACCCCGUUGCCCGCUGUCCUCGGCCCGGCACGGCCCGCCAUGCUGUUCCGCUUCGGCGUGGUGCUGCCGGCCCGCAUAGCGGAGGGCGGUGGCGCGUUGCUGGUGGCCGGCUCGCGACCAGAGCUGGGCGAGUGGGACCCGCAGCGCGCCGUGCCCAUGCAGCCGGCCCGGCCGGCCGCGGCGCUGGCGGCCCAGGAGCCGGUUCUGUGGUUGGGGGAGGUGCUGCUGCCGGACGAGGACACCGCCAGCCCUUUCUGGUACAAGUUCCUGCGGCGGGAAGGCGGCCAGCUGCUCUGGGAAGGUAAUGGGCCUCAUCAUGAUCGAAGUUGUGUUUACAACCGGAGCAACAUAGUUGAUGGAGUUUACUGCCUUCCGAUAGCGCACUGGAUUGAAGUGUCCGGACAUACUGAUGAGAUGAAACAUACGACUGACUUCUAUUUUAAUAUUGCAGGACAUCAAGCUAUCCAUUACUCAAGAAUUCUGCCGAACAUCUGGCUGGGAAGUUGCCCUCGGCAGCUGGAGCAUGUGACGGUCAAGCUAAAGCACGAGCUGGGUGUCACAGCAGUGAUGAACUUCCAGACUGAGUGGGACAUUGUUCAGAAUUCCUGGGGCUGCAAUCGCUACCCAGAACCUAUGAGCCCUGAAGUCCUCAUGAAACUGUACAAAGAGGAAGGUCUCGCCUAUGUCUGGAUGCCAACUCCAGACAUGAGCACUGAAGGAAGAAUACAGAUGUUGCCACAGGCUGUCUGCCUCCUGCAUGGGCUGCUUCAGAAUGGACACACUGUCUACGUUCAUUGCAAUGCUGGCGUUGGCAGGUCUACAGCUGCUGUCAGUGGCUGGCUGAAGUAUGUGAUGGGAUGGAGCCUGCGCAAGGUGCAGUACUUCUUGGCUUCCAGGAGACCGGCUGUCUACAUAGAUGAGGAAGCUCUGAUUCGUGCUGAAGAUGAUUUCUUCCAGAAAUUUGGACCUCUUCGUUCCUCAUGUAAAGUAGGAGAGUAGAAAAGCAGAAAAGGAAAAUGAAGGUGAAGAGCAAUCCUUACAUGUGAAUCCCAGUGGUUAAGAAAUCAUGAAUCAGACUCCUGCCUCUCCUCAUCAGAUUGCACACCUGUCAUAACAGCCCUGAGAAUUUCGUUAAAAAGUGCCUUUGAGUGUUUUUCAUUUGCAUUCUUUAAGCUGAUAUGAUUCAUGUUUUUAAGCCUUUUGCUGCAAGUACGAGACCCAAAGGUCUGCGAAAGGAGACUAAGAUUCUAUUUUAACUAUUUGCCUACAGGAGCUGAGUGUUAGGGUACAUAAUAAGACAAGACUUGAAAUAAAAUAAUUAUUGUUGGCAGUAUUUUAGUGACAAGAAGGGAAGAUGUUCUCGGAAAAACAGGUGUAAGAUUGACUGAGUUAUGGUUCAGAUUUGCAUGGAGCUGAGGAUAGUCAAAAGUGGCUCAGUUGUUUUGGAGUGUACAUUAUUGAAGUGUUUUCUAGUAAUUUUGUAGAAAAGUGGUUUUAGUGCAAAAGACCAGAAAGUGACUUUUCAUCUGAGUUUCUUGAGCAAAAAACUAGUAUCAAAUGCAGGCAACUAAUUUUAUUUUUUUUUACCUAUGCAGUUAAUUUUAAAUAUUUUGAUAGCUCACAGUCCUGCUUGAAUAAAACCAGUUCGCUGCAGGACAGGUCUAAGAUUGAUCAAGAGAGGAAAAGCAUUCUCUAGAGAACAGAGGAUUAAGGAUACAUAAACAUUAAGAAACUAAUUUCUAUAGAUUUAUUCUUCAGUGUUUUUUUUUUUUUCCUAGCCAGCUGACUUUUCCCUCUAAAGAUCCCAUCGAUGCCAGUGUAAUAUAACUGAUAAAUUUAGUUUAUCUGAAUAUGUAAUAUGAAAAUGGGUAUGAGCUGUUCAUGGAGAAAGUCCAGCAUCAUGCAAUAUGAUAUUUUAUUUAUCUUCUACUUUAAUUAUCUUCAAAAGAAAAAUGGCAAUUUAAGUUAUUCUAAAUGUGUGUUUUUGAUCAUGGCUUCGUUUCUGGUUUGUUUCUUUGUUUUUGCUUUGAAGUAAUACUGCCUGUUUGGAUAUGAGCUGUUAAUGGAGAAUGCCCAGCAUAAUACAAUAUGUUUUAUUUAUCUUCUAUUUCAGUAGUCUUCAAAAGGAAAAAAAUGUUUAAAUUAUUGAACAUGAGUGGUUUUGAUCCUGAUUUGUUGUGGGUUUUUUUUUUUUUUUUUUUUUUUUUUACAUUUUUUAUUUGCUUGUUUGGCUUUGGUUUUGCUUUGCACUAACAGUGCCUGUUUAGAAAGUGUCUGAGAAAAGUUCACUAAUUAAAUAACAUCAUGGUGA